UGGAGGGGUAGGUUCCGGGUGGGGUCUCCUCAAUGCUGAAGAAACUAUGUGUAAAGACCAAAAGUUCUAUUUAUUUCCAGAUCUAGAUUAGAUCAUCACUCUUGAGCAUGGCACCGGAGAAAGAUGAGAUGAUCAUCCUCAAAACGCCAGCACUUCUGAAGUACAUCCUUGAAACAAGCUGCUACCCAAGAGAGCACGAGCAGUUGAAGCAAUUAAGGGAAGCCACUGUCGAGAAAUACCAGUUCUGGAGUAUAAUGAAUGCGCCUGUUGAUGAAGGACUUUUCCUCUCAAUGCUUCUAAAACUCAUGAAUGCAAAGAAGACACUGGAGCUCGGAGUUUUUACUGGCUAUUCUCUUCUCACAACUGCUCUUGCACUGCCCCUUGAUGGCAAAAUUACAGCAAUCGAUCCAAAUAAAGAAGCUUACGAGUUUGGAUUGCCGUUCAUUCAGAAGGCUGGAGUGAAUCAUAAGAUUAAAUUCUUCCACUCGGAUGCCUUCUCAGUCCUAAAUGAUCUCAUUUCCAGUGGGGAGGAAGACGGGAGCUUUGAUUUUGCAUUUGUGGAUGCUAACAAGGAUAAGUACAUGGAAUAUCAUGAGCUACUGUUAAAGCUUGUUAAGGUUGGUGGAAUGAUCGCGUACGAUAACACGUUAUGGUUCGGCUCAGUGGUGGAGCCGGAGGAGAAACUAGAUGAACAAGCUAGACCACACAGAAAACAUAUCUUGGAGUUGAACAGCUUUCUAGCUGCUGAUUCUCGUAUUGAAUUGGCUCAUCUUUCCGUUGGGGAUGGACUCACCCUCUGCAGGCGCCUCUGUUAGGAAGACGCAACUUCUGCGUACUCUGUUGAAGUCCUCCAAAACAAUCAAGCUGCAGUUUGUUUAUCUAAAAUAAAAUGCUAAACAUGUUUUGUUUAGACUAUGGAGAUGUACUGACAAACAUCUUCUCCUCACCAUAUGAGAUGAGCUUUGUGUGAUGUUGGGCAUGUUGUUGCAGUUUUUCGUGUUUUGUU